UGAAGCUAUAGUCUCUUUCUACCUCUGGAACUAGAUACAACACUCAAGUUACAACAAUGUUUAGACAGUUUACUUGUAACGUUGUUAGUUGUCUCCUAGUUCUCCAGUUCUUAACAUUCGCCGUUGUGUCCCCAACUUUAACCGUCAGUUCCAGCGCAGCUAAACUAUUCUUUAAACCAUCUGUUUAUUGUUCGGGCGUCAAUGUACUUUUAGCCGAUCCGACUUCUUGUUCCAACUUUUAUUCUUGCACCGCCAACAGAUUGGCCAUCAGGAUGUCGUGUGGAGCUGGAACUUACUUCAAUCCGAUUUUGCUCAUUUGCGACUGGCCGGACAACGUACAAUGCAACGUCCACGGACAGGAUAAAAUUUUUGUCAAAGAAGUCAACAGUGAAAUAUUUAGACCAGACAGUGUUGGACAAUUGAGAGGACCUCCGGGCAUUUAUGGCGAAAAUGUUGAACAAGGAAUGGAUGACCCUGAAUUUCGCCGAGGAAUCUCAUCGCCAUCAGAUGCCCGACUCCUUGGAGUACAUUUGAAUUUAUUAUCUUUAUUGAAAGGACCAGCAGGUCCGCCUGGCCCUCCUGGUCCACCUGGUCCGCCAGGACCAGCAGCAUCUUCAUACGCAUCAUCGUAUCCAUCCACAUCCCCAGCAACGCCAGCUGGCCGUAGCUUAGGUUAUAUUAAUAAUUAGACUGGUGCUGUAUGUACGACGCUGUACUGCUGCUUACAUGAGGGAAUUUCUGUUAUGGGUUUUUCAUAUGGGAGGGAGGUGUGUUUUAUGAAUAGAAUAAAAUAUACGGGAAAUACAUGUGUGUAAAAC